AUGAAGGGUGCGCAGGUCAGUGAUCCAGAGUCCCACGCAUGCGUAACGCGAUGCGGAAUUGACCAUGAUAAGCGGUUCGCCUUUGCCGCUCCAGAAAAUUCGUGGGUCGUGGAACCCGGGGAUGUCCGGAAAUGCGGACCAGGAUCCCUCGCAUCUCUCAGCGGGAGUGGACGGUAUGGAGACUAUUCUCGGUGGGGUCGAGCAGCGCAAACCUCCUGCUGCUCCGAGUAUGGUCAAGUCAUCCGCGGUGCAGUCUUUUUCUCCUGGUCGGCGGCCCUCGCUAGUGUUACCGGUGUAGCAGGUGUCGGCUUCGCAGAGGAGGCUCUCUUGGUGAAAGCCUUCGGUGACGACACGACUAACGAGCAGGUACUGGUGCGGAGACCAAGGAGGGAGGGCGAUGAUUGUGGGAUUGAAUGUCUGCUGAUCGCUGGCUUCGUCGCGGGAAGACAGCUGCGAGACGCUUUGGACGAUGUUUGGCAGCCGGAUGUAAUCUGUGUACGGGUUUGGCUUGCGUCGGCAUUGCAAUAA